CGUCGGCAUUUUUUGUGACAUGACAAUUCGUUUUGACUGUUAGCAGCGUCAAUAUGUUGGCAUAUUACGAAUAAAGUUCAAUACGACGUCGUCUUAUUUGUACACGACGCCGUGCUCCAACUCUCUCUUCUGUAUCUCUCACACAUUAACCUUCACCACAGCGUUCACGCUACUGCCACAAGCCCAUCUAUCAACGAUGGCCACGAAGCUUCUAACAAGCAAACUCCGCCGCAUCAUCAUGAAACCCCGCUACCUCCGCCCUUUCUCCACCGCUACCGCCGUGGCGGAACCCUACCAAGAGGACACAUCCGGAGUUAGCAUGAAAGGCGUUAAAAUCUCCGGAAGACCACUGUACCUCGACAUGCAAGCCACCUCCCCAGUUGACCCUAGGGUUUUAGACGCUAUGCUCCCUUAUUACCUCUCCCGCUUCGGAAACCCCCAUUCCAGGACCCACCUCUACGGCUGGGAAUCGGACCAGGCCGUCGAGUCGGCACGGUCCCAAAUCGCCGCCUUAAUCAACGCCUCUGCUAAAGAAAUCAUCUUUACCUCCGGCGCCACCGAGUCCAACAACAUCUCCGUCAAAGGCGUCAUGAACUUUUAUCGAGACAAGAAACGUCACAUUAUCACCACCCAAACCGAGCACAAGUGCGUCCUCGAUUCAUGUCGCCAUCUCCAACAAGAAGGCUUCGACGCCACGUACCUCCCUGUUAGGGCCGAUGGUCUCGUCGAUUUAGAUGAACUCCGGGCCGCAAUUCGGCCCGAUACGGGCAUUGUAUCAGUCAUGAUGGUGAACAAUGAAAUUGGUGUGAUUCAACCGAUGGAGGAAAUUGGGAAAAUUUGCAGAGAAAUGAAUGUUCCUUUUCAUACUGAUGCGGCCCAGGGAUUAGGGAAAAUUCCGAUUGAUGUGGAGAAAAUGAAUAUCAGUUUGAUGUCGUUGAGUGGACACAAAAUUUACGGGCCGAAGGGAAUUGGAGCUUUGUACAUGAGACGGAGGCCGAGAAUUAGGGUUGAGCCACAAAUGAAUGGAGGUGGCCAAGAGAGGGGGAUUCGGAGUGGGACAGUCCCAACUCCGUUAGUUGUAGGGUUUGGGGCUGCUUGCGAAUUGGCGAUGAAGGAGUUGGAGUAUGAUGACAAGAGGAUUAGGGCUUUGCAAGAGAGGCUUUUGAAUGGGAUUAGAGAAAAGAUUGAUGGAGUGGUGGUGAAUGGGAGUGUGGAAAGUAGGUAUGCAGGGAAUUUGAACUUGUCGUUUGCAUAUGUAGAGGGGGAGAGCUUGUUGAUGGGGUUGAAGGAGGUGGCAGUGUCCAGUGGGAGUGCGUGCACGAGCGCAAGUUUGGAGCCAUCUUAUGUGUUGAGGGCAUUGGGGGUGGAUGAGGACAUGGCACAUACUUCGAUUAGGUAUGGGAUUGGGAGGUUUACGACUGAGGAGGAGAUUGAUCGGGCAGUGGAGCUGACUGUGCAGCAGGUUGAGAAGUUGAGGGAAAUGAGUCCGCUUUAUGAGAUGGUGAAGGAAGGGAUUGACAUCAAGAACAUACAAUGGACACAGCACUAGUUUGAUUUGAAUGAUCAGAAUGGUGUGAUUGUGACGAUAAUUGACUGAUAUGUAUGUGAAGUGGAGCUGCUCAAGAAUAUGGAGCGCUUAUGAAGUAACUUUUCAGGUUUUUCUUUUUUAGUUGCUCUGUAUGUGCUUUUAAGAUCUGUGUAGUUGCUCUACUGUUAAAUUUAGCUGUAGAUGGAUGUUUUCGAUGUCUACAUUGUGUUCCUGUAAUCUGUACAAAUGAUUUUGCUAGCAAUAUGGCAUAUUACGUUUUGGCAAUGGGAAUAAUUUGAUUAAGCUCUUGCUUUGGUUGUCAGCAUUCAUUCUACACUGUUGGUUUUUAUAUUUUCUUUUCUAACUAAUUUAUGUUUUGUAUUUGUGAG